GAGUCGUCCUCUCUGGCUCCUCUCUAUCAUCAGCCCGGGCAGACUGUGCAGGAUGUCAGGCAGAGAAGAGGAUGAACCGGGGGCACUGAGUGGAGGUCAGGGGUCUGAAAUGAUCCACGUCUCUAUUAAAAGUCUUACGAAGAGAAGAGAUUUCACUGUCGGAGGAAACUGCACCGUCACACAGCUGAAAUGUGGACUCGCACAGCAGCUGGAGGUCCCUACAGAUCGACUGGUGCUGAUUCACUCCGGCCGUGUCCUCAGAGAUUCAGAAAUCCUGAGUCACCUGAAAGCAGCAGAUGCUUCACUCAACCUCUGCAUGGUCCAAAGGCCUCCUGGCGCUCCCAGUAUUGAUCCAGCUCCAGGCAUGGUUCAGUCAGACUCCACAGAUGACCCUGACUCUCUCCCUGAUAACUUCACACCCUCUCCCAGCUCCCCUCUUUGCUUAGGCAUGCAGUCACUGCUGCAGGAGAUUUCAGCCAGUCCAGGUCUGAUGGAGAGCCUGCUGUCCGGGCCGCAUGUCAGUAGUCUCCUGAACUGCCUCAGCCAGAACCCUGACCUGGCUGCACAUAUGCUGCUGAGCCACCCUUUGUUCGCAGGAAAUCCUCUGCUGCAGCAGCAGAUCAGACAGCAGAUCCCACUCUUCCUGCAACAGAUGCAGAGUCCAGAGCUGCUGUCGGCCAUGAUGAACCCCCGAGCCAUGGAGGCUCUGCUACAGAUCCAGCAGGCCCUUCAGACUCUGGCUGCAGAAGCUCCCGCAAUGAUGCCCAUGGAUGGACUGGGAAACCCUGGAGCUGGUGUUGAUGCUCCCGCUGCAUCAGACUGUGUCCUUGACAGCCAAUCAGGAAGUGCUCCUGCGGUUGCCACGGUGACCGAGCAGCAGCAGCAGCAGUUUGUGCAACAGAUGUUACAGGCACUGGCAAACAUGAAUGGGUGAUGGACAGAUGCACAGACACUGAUGCACACUCUGCACAUGUUGGUCCAUACUGAGGAGUUUCAGGAGGAGAUGAGCAGCUGAGCUCACUUCCAAGACAGACUGGCAAACCUUUAGACCCUCACAGCUGCUAUACAUCCACUCAGUUUCUGAAUCACACAGACACAGAUGCUGAUUUGUGCUAAUAAAUGUAUGUAAGUGAAUGCAGAUUUGCAUAAAACACAAAAGCGCCUGCACUUAGACAAAUAUAAUGGCAUUAAUAAAAGUGAUGAUUUGAUUUAACUUAUACAUUAUCAACAACUGCAUUGAGCUUAAAAAACAAAUCAAAGAUAGUUAUUUAUGUGCUGUUUUGUGUAUGGUGUAUGUAUAUAAAAAAUAAGCUAAAAAUGACCUUAAAUUGUAAGAAAAUAUGGAGGAAAUAUUUUGACAAUGAGAUGAAAUUUUACCUUUAAAAGCUUCCAUUUUUGUUGGUCUCUCUGGUGCAUACCUAAAAAUGUAGUCCAGUCAGACAACUCACAUCUAUAUUGGCUAAAUGGUUUAAAUUUGUAAUGCAGCAGCACUAGAACAUAUUUAUUUUUAGUAUCUAGGCUCCCACCUAAUCACUCCUCGAAGAUUUAUGUUAAAUGCAGAAUUUAAGUAGUGAUGAGGUAGUGUCUUAAUCUUCCAGUAGAGCCUAUAGGUGGAUUGUAGAGUGCUGGUAGGGUUGAAAGCUAGAGCGCAACAGUGAUUGAAGGCAGAACUGGCAAUAGCAUAACAGAGGGAGAGACUGGAAAUACUGAAACUUAAGUAGACUGCCAAUAGGGAGGAUGUUUGGCAGACGAUGGAUAAUGACAUAUGUCAAAUGUGAAAUCAGUACAACUAAAUUUGUCUGCUUGAAUGAUUAGCAGGUGUCACUUCAUUUCUGUAUUUAUAUAAUUUUUCCCCUUCAACGAGUUUUUAUUUGUCAGAGAACUGACAAGAGAAAUCUCUAAAAACAUUUUGUCUGAUUUUGGUAACAAGCCUUUAUCAGGGAGACUUCCUGGUAACAAAACACGCCUGACUGAUUUUUCAGGUCUGCAUGACAAAGCCAUUUUAAUGAUGCAUUGAAUUCAUCUAAAAAGAGUGUCUUGGGUAUUUUCUUGUCAAUACUUUGACUGCAGUGCCUAAAAUAACAUAUUCACCCCCUUGGCUAUUUUACCCUUUUUAUUGAUUUUAUAAAUCAAUUUUUGUCACUGUAAUUUGGCUUAUUUGACCAAAA